CACUCAAGGCUCUACAUACUAUUUCCUGUUGAAGAGUAUUACACCAAAGACGGUAACGAUGUUACAUUUACUGGUCAUUCUUGCGGCUAUCAGUUUUACACUAACAGCGUCACAAACGAAUGAGAAGUCACCUCCAACAUAUGAAGUUGUAUAUGGUGAAUUCACAUGGUUUGAGGCAAAACAAGAAUGUGAAAAGAUAGGUGGCUUUCUGGCCGAACCCCGCACUCCGGCGGAAAAUGUCAAAAUGGAGAGUUUGUGUGCGUCAGAAACAUAUUGGAUUGGCAUUACCGAUUUAAACCAUGAAGAUAUAUUCACUUACGCCAGAGAUGAUUCGACAAUUAUAUACAGUAACUUCGCGGUUCAUCAGCCAAACAGUUGGGAUGGAGAACAAGACUGUAUACAAUUGUACACAGAUGGUACGUGGAAUGAUCUAUCCUGUUUCGAGCACUUGGGUGCAAUCUGCCAAUUCGCGAGUGGUUGUCACGGUGAUCCACAUAUGAGAACAUUUGAUGGUCGUGCAUAUACCUUCCAAGGCACAUGCUGGUACACACUGUUCAAGGACUGCACCGAGCACUCCCGUUUUGAAAUCACAACUAAGUUCGAGCCAAGAGAAGAUAGUACUCCAGACCAAGUCAGAACGAGAAUUGUCGCUUUCAAUAUUACUGUUGGAGAUGAAUACUCUAUCAUUGAUGGACUGGACAUUAAUACAGGACGUACGGAUGGGCAGAAGACUGAAGCAAGAGUUAUAACUACCCAGAAAAAAGAUAAGAAGAUUAAACUGAACUUCACUUCGAAAAACACGACAUUUACUCUGGAGUGGACUCUGAGAAAGCAUGCAUUAAGUGUUACUUACGAUGGCUCUUUUUAUCACGGUAAACUAUGUGGUCUGAUGGGUAAUGCUGAUGGUAUUGCUGUCAAUGACUUCCAAAAACCAGAUGGCAGUGUUGCAAAAGAUGCUGACGAGUUUGGAGAAAGCUGGAAAGUAAACGGAACAAAAUGCUACUAGGAAUAUCCCAAUGACUAAAAUAUGAAUGCGACAACAACGUGUUCAAUUCUGAAUACUAGUAUUUUCAGCUGCACUGAUGGACGGUAACUCAUUCUGUAAUACGUGUAUCUAGAUGCAUCCUGGGAAAAGGUUGUGGACUAUACUAUAAUUCUAAUUCCGAUUUGAACUAAAUGGUUACAGUUUACUAAUUUAUAUAUUCCAUGGUUCUAUUUAGACUAUACUGUAAGUUAGUGCUGUAGAUCAAGGUAAUAAAAUAAUUACAAAUU